CGCGCGGUCACAUGACCAGAGGCAGUGGCAGCUUCUCAGGCAAGAGGCAAGCAGCGGCGGAGGGAUGGUGAUGGGGCUCCUGCUUUGGGCGCCCGGCGCCGCCUUCUUCUUCUUCUUCUUCUUCGCGGCGUGGGGCUCCGCGGCCGCGUGCGGCUACCAGUCUUGCCCAGUGACAAAACCGGACAUGCUCAAUGUUCACCUGAUCCCUCACACGCAUGAUGACGUGGGCUGGCUGAAGACAGUGGACCAAUAUUUCUUUGGAGUCCGCAAUGACAUCCAGCACGCUGGGGUCCAGUACAUCCUUGACUCUGUCAUACCACAGUUACUGGCUGAUCCCAGCAAGCGCUUCAUCUAUGUGGAAGUGGUGUUCUUUGCUCGCUGGUGGGCGCUGCAGACUGAGAGCAUGCGCCAGGCUGUGAAGCAACUUGUUGCUGAAGGGCGGCUGGAGUUUGUGAAUGGCGGUUGGUGCAUGAAUGAUGAGGCUUCUGUCCACUACAGUGCCGUCAUUGAUCAAAUGAGCCUGGGUCUCCGUUUCCUGCAAGAGACGUUUGGCGAGUGUGGCCGGCCUCGGGUGGCCUGGCACAUUGACCCUUUUGGGCACAGUCGUGAGCAGGCCUCAUUGUUUGCACAGAUGGGCUACGAUGGCUUCUUUGUGGGCCGCAUUGACUACCAGGACAAGGGCCAACGGGAGGCCUGGCGGGAGAUGGAGCAACUGUGGCGUGCAAGUGGAAGCCUGGUUCCCCCAGUUGCAGAUCUUUUCACUGGUGUCCUACCAAAUGGUUACAACCCCCCCAUGUCUCUCUGCUGGGAUCAGAUCUGCUCUGACAACCCGAUUGUGGAUGACGACAGUGAAGAGAACAACGUCGAGAGUCUGGUGGCAUAUUUUCUGGGGACUGCAGCUGCUCAGGCCAACUACUAUCGUACCAACCACAUUGUCAUGACCAUGGGAUCUGAUUUCCAGUAUGAGAAUGCCCUCAUGUGGUACAAGAACUUGGACAAGUUGAUCAAGCACGUCAAUGCAAAGCAAGACAGUGGGAUACGAGUCAAUGUUCUCUACUCUACUCCAAGCUGCUACUUGUGGGAGUUGAACAAGGCCAAUAUGUCAUGGACUCUGAAAUAUGAUGACUUCUUUCCAUAUGCCGACGGCCCCCACCAGUUUUGGACUGGCUACUUCACCAGCCGGCCAGCACUAAAACGUUAUGAGCGGCUCAGCAACAACUUUCUGCAGGUCUGCAACCAGCUGGAAGCGCUAACUGGCAUACAAGGAAACAUGGGGCCUUAUGGCAAUGCCAACAGUUCAGUGCUGCGUCAGGCCAUGGGAGUUGCUCAGCACCAUGAUGCAGUGAGUGGCACAGCAAAGCAGCAUGUGACCAAUGACUAUGCCAAACAGUUGUCUUCUGGGUGGGAUGCCUGUCAGAUUGUGAUGAGCAAUGCCCUUGCCAGUAUUGUGGGCACCAAAGAGAACUUCAUCUAUUGCAACCAACUCAACAUCAGCGUCUGCCAACUGACUGAAGCUGCCCCGACUUUCAUGGUGAUUGUCUACAACCCAUUGGCACGUCCUGUGGACUGGAACAUCCGACUGCCAGUCAAUGGAAGCCAUUACGCAAUUUUGGCUCCUGAUGGACAGACUGUCCCAAGUGAGGUGAUCCCUGUGUCAAGCUUCACCCGGGCCGUGAGACGGGAUCGGGGUGAUGCUGUCAAUGAGCUGGUGUUCCAAGCCUCUGCCCCACCGCUGGGCUACCGCACCUAUUCCGUCUCCAGGCUGCCUGGCCGGGGCUCAGCACGCGCCAGAACGCUGAAGCGGCUACACGAUCACCCUGGAACAGAGCACCUUUCUUGGGCCAUUGAGAACCAGCAUCUACGGGUUGUGUUUGAUUCCAGAACAGGACUCCUGAAAGAGAUAGAGAACCUGGACAAGAAUAUCUCUUUGCCACUGUCCCAAAACUUCUUCUGGUACAAUGCCAGUUCUGGGAAUCAAGAGAACAGCCAGGCAUCUGGAGCCUACAUCUUCCGUCCCAACACCUCGGAGCCUUUCCUCAUUGCUCAGGGAGCCCACUUGUACCAUGUGAAGACUGGAGUGGUACAGGAGAUAUACCAGAACUUCUCCGACUGGUGCUCCCAGGUGGUGCGCCUCUAUGCUGGGCAGCCCUAUGUCGAGCUAGAGUGGACGGUGGGUCCCAUCCCAAUCCGGGAUGGCCUUGGUAAGGAGAUUAUCAGCCGUUUUGAGACAAACUUGCAGACAGAUGGGCUCUUCUACACAGACUCCAAUGGACGCGAGAUCCUAGAGAGAAGGCGCAAUUACAGAGCCACAUGGAACCUGAGUCAGACUGAGCCUGUGGCUGGCAACUACUACCCUGUGAACAGUCGCAUAUUCAUCAAGGAUAAAAAGGUCCAACUGACUGUGCUGACGGACCGCUCACAGGGAGGCAGCAGCAUCUUUGAUGGCUCCCUUGAACUCAUGGUACAUCGGCGGCUACUGCAUGAUGAUGCUCGGGGUGUGGGGGAGCCUCUACUGGAGCCAGGUGAUUACCUCAAUGGGCUGGUGGUGCGAGGCCGACACCUCAUCCUCUUGGACACAGUGGAGUCGUCUGCUGACCAACACCGGUUGCGGGCCCAGCAGGAGUAUAUGGCACCCCAGCUGGUGCUGGCACCUGGCGGGGGACCUCCUUACCACCCUGGACAGGACAGCCUCAAGGAGUACACUGCCCUGAACCAUGCCCUCCCUUCCAAUGUCCACUUGCUGACCUUGGCCCAGUGGGAGCCCAGCACUGUUCUCAUCCGCCUGGAGCAUCAGUUUGAACACGAGGAGAGUGUUAAUGGCUCUAUGCCGGCUGUUGUUAACUUGCAGAACUUGUUCUCUUCUUUCAACAUCAUCAGUUUGCAAGAGAUGAGCCUGGCUGCUAAUCAGAAGCGGGAGGAGAUGAAGAGGUUAAUCUGGCAGUCCGCUAAAGGAGCAGCAGAGCAGAAAGCAGAUUCUGCUCGUCUAGAUCAAACUCAGAUCACGCUACAACCCAUGGAAAUCCGGACUUUCCUGGCUCAUGUUCAGCCCCAAGCCAGCUUUAGAAGAAGAGCCUGAGGAAGCAUCGAAUGUCCUGCCAAUUCAGCUGCUGCCUCAAGGAAUGGCAGGGAGUUGGCACUCUCUGCUAGGGCUUGUCAAGUUGCGCCACAUGUUCUCACUGUUUGUGGAGAGAAGAUUCUUCAAGGCGGCUCCACGCUGGAAAUUAAUUAAGGGCAAUUGGGUCCUCUUUUACGUUCCGCUGAUUGAAAAAGGGAUCACUGGUUAAUUGUCCUUCUGUCCCUUCCCCACUUCCCUUUCGAAUGCACUCACACGUAAGCGGGUAGGUGGAUUUGUUGCAGUACUUGAGCUACCAUAAGUGCAAUCAUUAACUUUGGAAUAAACCACUUCUUUAUGAA